UGGACAAAAGACUAGUCUUGUCUGGCAAAGUUACGUAGUUUUAGUAAUAUUGGUUAUACUUAUAUAUUUCUUAAAAAAAAAAACUACAAUGCCUCGAAAUUACAAGCGGAAGGCUCCACACAGGUCCGUUGUUACCCGUGAUCAAUUUGAUGCUGCUAAGCGAUUGAUUGCCGAAGGUUUAAGUAAAAGAAAAGCAGCUGAACAGGUUGGAAUGAAAGAGAGUACUCUCAGGAAGCGAUUAAAAUCUGAUUCAACUUCUCUAAAAUUAGGAAGAUUUACUUCAACUUUCACAAGUGAGCAAGAAAAUGAAAUAUAUAAUUAUUUAAAAAGAUGUGAUGAUCUCUAUUAUGGUCUUAAUAUGACAACUCUAAGAACAUUGAUCUACGAGUAUGCUGAAAUAAAUCAUAUUCCUCAUCGGUUUAAUCAAAAGUCGAAAAUGGCUGGACGUGAUUGGGUGUAUGGAUUUUUAAAAAGGCACCCUGACUUGAAUUUACGACAACCCACGUCAACUAGCAUAGCUAGAGCAAAUAAAACUGAAAAUUCUAAAAAAAAAAACAAAGAAGAAUACUACUACCAAAGAUAAGGCUGUUAAAGUUAAGGCUAGUCAAGAAAAUAUUAAUGAUUUUAAGGAAAAUGAUGAUUCCUGUGCAUUGUGUAGUGAAAAAUACGUUGAUCCACCUACAGAGGAUUGGAUUAAAUGUAGCUUAUGUCAUAGCUGGUGGCAUGAACAGUGCACUCAUUAUGAAACUGGUGCUUUCAUAUGUGAUAUAUGUUCUAAUAAUUAAGAUUUUAUCAUAUUCGUUAAAAACGAACUCAUUUGAAUUUUUCUCUAUUCAAAACUGUUAACUACUCUAAGCCUUAUUCUCGAUAAAAAUCAAGUUAAACAGUAUUUGUCAAAAAUUAUAUAUUUAAUAUAUAAAUAUAAAAAAUGAAGUAAAAAAUGAUGUAUUGAUAAAAAAUAAUAUUUAUAACAUUAAAUAUGGUGUAACUAUAUGUAACAAGUUAUGGUUUAAAUUAUUACAAAUGCGCACACUUACCCGCAGUGCUGCGCACGUUUACCCCAAUAUUGGGGUAAGUGUGCGCAUUCUGACUAACAUUUAUUUUAUUUUAUUUCUUUAAUUACAAUUAAGUAAAUUG